CCUCAGUCAAGAGCACGUCGCGCUUUCGCAUGCCUCACGAUGGAUUACGAGGAUCACUACGACUCGGGGUAUGCUGAUGACUCAGGUGAUAUGUACUAUGGAGACCGCCAGCCCCAGUAUAAUGGUGAGGAGAUGCCAAUGCAGGGCCAUGCUCUGUAUUACUCUGACGAGAUAGAAGACUCUUCUCCUUGUCCUCCGGAGCGGAUACCUGUAUAUACCCAAGCAUAUCAGCAUGAUGAUAUCGACGACUACGACGACGAGGCCCCGUACUACGAAGAUGAUCUAGUGUAUCACCAGAGUCUUCUGACACAAGGACAACAAGGAUACGAGGAACCGACUCGGAAUCAGCAGCAGCACCCUCAAAGUCGUAACAGAGGACGAUUUGGGAAUGGAGGUUUCCAAAGUGCGCGCAACAACUCCUUUCCCUGGGGCGCUGGCCACUUAUUCCUUCCAGCACGACCCAUAUUUCAACGUCAACAAUCGGUAUUUUACCCAUUGCCUCAGUCCCAGAUGUCUCGACAGGUCCAAUCAUCCCAAUCCCAGGCCGCUUUUCGCCGUCCAAUCUCGAUGCUCCCUCCGCCUCCACCUCACCCGGCUCUGCAAACGCAUCCACCCGCUUCAGCACGAGGGUCGAAUCCACGUAAUUCCUCCGGUAUCCGGCUGCGCCCGAUCUCCGAUCUGCCCGAUAUCUUCCGCGGAAUAUUUAAGUUCGGAGUCUUCAAUGCUGUUCAAUCAUCAUGCUUUGAUACCGUCUUUCAAAGCGAGGAGAACAUGGUCAUCAGUGCACCUACAGGGAGUGGGAAGACGGUCUUGUUUGAGCUUGCCAUUAUUCGUGCGUUGAAGGAAGCAAAGGCGUCAGGAAAGUCGAUCAAGUGUGUGUACAUGGCACCCACCAAGGCCCUUUGUUCUGAAAGACACCGAGAUUGGGCUAGCAAAUUUGACCCGUUGGGUUUCAAAUGCUGUGAGCUCACCGGGGACACUGUCGUUUUUGGGAAGGGAGCUUGGGGCGACGCUAAGAAUGCGAACAUAAUUGUCACUACGGGUGAGAAAUGGGACAGUCUGACGCGUCAUUGGGGAGACCACGAUACCGUUCUAUCCCAAAUUCAACUCUUCCUAGUCGACGAAGUGCAUAUUCUCAACGAAAGCAGAGGAAGCACUCUCGAAGUUGUCAUCUCGCGCAUGAAAACACGCGGCUCCGCCGUCCGCUUCGUUCUCGUCUCAGCCACUGUACCCAAUAUCGACGACAUCGCGGCUUGGAUUGGGAAUUCACAGCGAGAUGCCGCAGCGAAAGUUUUCGAAUUUGGGGAACAGUUUCGCCCGUGUAAACUGACGAGGCAUGUCAUUGGAGUGGCAAGGCAAAAGAACGAAAACGACUUUUCAUUCGCUCGCAAACUCGACUUCAAAUUAUUUGGUGCACUCCAAACGUAUUCUGUAGGCAAACCCAUCUUGGUGUUUGUGUCCACACGCAAAGGUGUGUGCGAGCUCCAAAUCAAUGUCGAGCUGGCCGGUGGAUACUCUACAGGGGUGUCAAAUACCGCCGAACAACUUCUCAAAGACUACAAUGAAGCUCAGAAGGCCAAACAGCGACUUCCGUGGGCCCAUCCUCCCCGCAUCGAUAAGAUCUUUCACGAGAAACGUUUGAUUGAUUUUGUAUCCUCCGGAAUCGGAAUCCAUCAUGCGGGAAUGACGAUCGACGAUCGACGAGCAGUGGAAGAUUUGUACCUGAAAGGGACGCUCAGAGUGGUCGUCGCCACAUCGACUCUUGCUGUCGGUGUCAAUCUGCCUGCUCACACUGUUGUCAUCAAAGGUGUACAGACCUUCCAAAACAACCAAUCUGUGGAAUACUCGGAUCUCGAUAUCAUGCAGAUGAUUGGGCGCGCAUAUCGUGAAUUAGCGCAGGGCACGACCAUCGUUGAAAGCUCUCUGCAUACCAACCUAUCUGAGCAUCUAAAUUCCGAAAUCGGGCUGGGCACAAUCACCACCAUCCGAGGGGCGAAGGAAUGGCUGCGCGGCUCGUUUCUAUUCCAGAGAGUGCGCAAGAAUCCUGCACACUACGCAUUGGGCAAGGGUGAGAACCAAACAUGGGAGGAGAGAGUCGAUGAUAUGGUCACGCACAGUGUGGACAAAUUGAGGGAGACCAGGCUGAUUGCGCCGCCGAAGGAGGGAGACAAUAGCGGGCUUUUGAAAUCGACUGAGUUUGGCGAUAUUAUGAGCAAGGUGUGGCUCGUUGGGUUCCGUUUUAUGGAUGCGACUGACGGCCUGUCACAGUUUUACAUCAAGCAGAGCACGAUGAGCGCCAUCUUGGCUCUUCCAGAGAAACCGACUCUUCGUGAAGUACUUGAAGUCAUAUGCGCAUCGGAAGAGCUGGCCGAAAACAAGCUACGGACGUCAGAAAAGACUGUUUAUAACAAGCUCCGGCGUCACAACGAUAUACGAUUCGAGGUCAAGAAGGUCGAGCGGACGUCCGACAAGGUUCUUCUUCUGAUUCAGGCCAUCCUUGGCGGCAUCUCGCUGAACACGGCAGAAUACAAGACAAGCGACAGCCACCCCAUCUCGAAGCGUAUACCGUUUUCAAGCAUGUUUGCCGGAUUGCCCGGGUCGUUGUUGAAGUUGCCGUGGUGCAGAAGCGCGGGCACAGCUCAAGCACGGGCUCGAAAUGUUGGUCACCACUAA